AUGGCUUCCUCACAGCCCGAUUCGCCGUCCGAUUCUGAGCAUGAAGCUAUUCCCGAGUCCCCGCCGAUGCCGCCAAGCCUCCAUCACGCGCCGCCAAGCCUCCAUGACGCUAUUCCCGAGUCCUACACCUUCCCGCUGCCUCCUUUACCUCAGCAGUACGAUACGCCUGAGCAAGGAAUUGUCGCGAUCAAUAUCUUCGGCCGCCAGCAUGGCUACGCAGUCUCAACUCUUCGGUCGAAACGUACAAAGAAAGGGGUCCUAAAGACAGACGACCAGGAUUCCUGCCUCACUGCCCGGGAUAUCUACAACUUUCGGAGGAAGCUUCAUGUUGAUUUCCUUGCUGGCCGUACACCGCUUCAAGCUCUCUUGAUAGAGCUUCCAAAGGACGGCGAAUGGAUCUUCAAGUAUGAAGUUAACGAUGAGAAUCAUGUCACAGCCCUCUUUUGUAUGCAUAAAACGAGUAUUGCAUUCCUUAAGACAAAUUCAUGGGUUAUUUUAAUGGACUGUACAUAUAAAACUAACCGGUAUGGCCUUCUAAUGCUCGAUAUCGUCGGCUUUACUGCUACGGGCUCAACCUUUUACAUCGGCUUCGCAUUCAUAAAGGACGAGAAAGAUGACAGCUACGAAGUCAUUUUAAGCUGUCUAGCAGAGGCUUACGAAGCUCUUAGCCUUUAA